GCUGCAUCCCAGCACUGAAUGCACACCAGUGAACGGAGGAUGGGGAACCUCUGCUCUCGGGCACUUCUUCUGGCCAGAGGCUCUGCCUGCCAAGGCAGUUAUGUGAAAGAGGAGGGGACAACAUGCCCUCCACGUGACGCCUUCCCGGCCUCCUCUAGGUAUGGACAAUUCCUCUGGGAUGUAGAGGAAGAUGAGCAAGUGAAGAGUGUCAUCUGCUCCCUUCUGAGCACGUGGCUUGACGACUACCUUGACGACUUUUACGAACCUCCCGACUUCCCCGGGCUCGAGACACUGGCGGAAUACGUGUCGACCAUCGCACCAGGAUCCCACCUGGACAGACGAGCCCAUAUCGUCCUGGCCGAGGCGGUGGUGGCCGACCACCUCCACUGCCCACUCCAGUUCAACCAGAGUCGGGCCACGUCACCAUCUCCAACCACUGGGGCCGCCACUGUGGCCCGUGAGGAACCAGAACCACCUGUGCCGGGGGCUCUCGCAGUAGCCUCGCUUCCAGGGGAGGGGCCGGUCCCAGCCGCACCACGAAAGGCCCUGGCCCGAGCCCAGUCAGCUCCCACUCUCUCACAGACGACUAGGGCGGACCACAGCCCAUCUCCCACACACGACCACGAUGGCUGCCCCCGUCACCUAUGCAGGCACAUCAUCCUUACGAUCAUCAUCACCCUAACCCAGAAUGCCGGGUAA